AUGCAUAAAGGUCUCGUCCACCAAGAAACCGAGCUCCUGCGAAUAUCCGACCGCCAUGGAAGCGUCGACAAUUUGACCUUCGAGAAGCCCGGUCGGCAGGGUCGGCUGCGCGUCUGGGCUGGGACCUGGCGGUUCGUGGUGUUUCUGUCGUUUCUGGUCAGUUUGGUCGUCCUGCUCUUGAACCUGGUGUUCUUGAUCUGGGCGGCGACGAGGAAUCAGGUUCGCAAGAGUCGGGGGGUUCUGUUCGAGGGGGGUUGUGAGAAGGUGCAGCGGCUGAACGUGGGCAUUCAUUUUCUCAUCAACGUCCUGGCGACGAUAAUCCUGGCUGCAAGCAACUAUGGCAUGCAAUGCCUGUCGGCGCCCACGAGAUGCGACGUAGAUCGCGCACACGGCAACGGCCGCUGGCUGGACAUCGGCGUGCCGAGUAUUCGCAAUCUGGCGCAUGUGUCGGUGCGGCGCUGUCUGCUGUGGAUUGGCCUGGCCUUCACGGCGCUGCCGCUUCAUCUCCUCUACAACGCCACUAUCUUCUCGACGAAAUCUGCCCACGCGUACAAUGUCUUUGCCGGCAAAGGCUCGUCGUUCGGACAGGGGGAUCUCAAGGGCUCGCAGAUGAGCGAUGUCGGGGCGGAGUAUCGGCCGUCAUUGAAGGGCUUGCAUGCUCAGGCACGGAAUGAGUCCUUGGAGCGGCUGGAUGCGUCCCAGUGUGUGGAUGCGUAUGCGACGACCUUCCAGACGAAGUACGGUAGUGUGCUGGUGGCCACGGACGAUGUGAAAGACUCCAAUGUCGAGAUGUUCUACGCGCAGAGCGUUUUCAGCCCGAUGCAGUACCUCCUGGUGGCUCAGCCCGGAGCUGAUCCCUAUCGAUGGCUGUGUCCAGACGGUGCCACCAAGGACUGCGACGCGUAUUUGCCGGAAAUCCACGAUCAGAUUGACCAGGACGAUUGGGUCGUUCAGACUGCUGCCCGCGAGUAUCAGGUGAACUACUGUUUGGCUGAGAAACUGCCUCAGCACUGUAAACUGGAGUACUCGUUAACGGUGACGAUCAUCCUGAUCGUGAUUAACGUGCUCAAUGCCUUGAUUCUAGGCUAUGUCGCGCUCGGCUCAAAAGAGUCUCCCUUGCUGACAGUCGGCGACGCGAUUGCCUCGUUCUUAAACCAGCCAGUCACGUCGACUCAGAACAAGUGCUUCCACAGUCGCGCCAUCGUCGGCGAGCUCAACUCCGGAUUGCCCGUCUACAGGGCUCUCGACAAGCCGCUGAUGUUCCAGCGUCAGAGAAAACGAUGGUUCUCUGCUGCAUCGUUCGCCAAAUGGGCAUUCACCGUCAUCUUCUGGCUCAUCGCCAUCGUCGUCUGUCUCGGCCUCCUGGCAUACGGUCUCAGCGAGACCAACAGCGGCCACAGCGUCUGGAACGUCGGACUGGGCGAAGCCACCGCGCAGACGAUCAUCAAAGGCGACUACUGGCCCACCACAGUCGGCGUCAACCUGCUCGUCGCCAACGCCGCCCAGCUGAUCUUCUCGAUGCUGUAUUUCUCCACCAACUCGCUGCUCUCUGCCAUGACCCUCGCCGCCGAAUGGAGCCGGUUUGCCGUUCAGCGCAGAGGUCUGCGCAUCUCGAGUCCCCCACAGGUCGCCCAGCGCAGCUCCUACUUUCUUUCUUUGCCCAUCUACUACGGCAUCCCAUUCAUGCUAAUAUGCGCCCUCCUGCACUGGCUCAUCUCGCAGAGUCUCUUCGUCGUCUCCGUUGAAGCGUACACCAUCGACCACGCCAGAGAUCGCUCCCAGGACCUGAUCACCUGCGGGUUUUCGCCCGUCGCUAUCGUCAGCGCCGUCGGCGUCGCUGCGGCUAUCGCUAUCAUCGUGUCAGGGCUUGCUUGUCGCCGCCUUGCAUCGGGCAUGCCGAUAGCUGGCAGCUGCAGUCUGGCCAUCGCCGCGGCGUGCCACCCCUACUUCGAUCCGAAUUAUCUGGGCGGGGACGGCAUCGCGGAGAUCCAGUUCUACGGCGAAGACGUCGCUCUGGUGCCGAUUAAAUGGGGCGCUGUGCGUCUGGACGGAGGGCUGGGGCAUUGUACGUUCUCGGCGGAUGAGGUCGAUUUGCCAGAUGAGGGGAGGGUUUAUCAAUAG